CUGCGGCAGCUCGUUGUCAAUCCGCUCUACCUCACGCUUGGGUCAUUCACUCUCGGUGCUGGACGUUGUCAGCAUUGGCUCUACAAUCUCCGUCCGUGCCGCGCUUCGAUUCGGCAGUGCGCUCUCCGCCUACACGGGAGCACAAGUUGGCGCGCGCUGCUCGGUCCUGAGCCAGCUCACGCUCGGUUCCGCACUUUCGGUGCGCGGACGAGCACUUGGUGGAGCUCGCGUCAGCGUUUUGGACUUCCUGCACCUCUCCUCCUCGAUGUCGCUACGGGAUGCUGUGCGGCUGGGUUCCUCGUUGUCCGUUGUCGACGCGUGCCGGAGCAGCAGCAACGUCAGUCUCCUGCAGUACGCGCAGCUCGGCUCGUCGCUCUCUGUGCGUGCCGGCUCGCGCCUAGGAAUGGGUCUUUCCGUGCUUGGGUACGUGGGUAUCGGCAGCUCCUUGUCCGUUCGCAGCACGAGCUCUCUUUCUAAACGCGCUUCUGUCCUCGAGUUCAUGCAGCUUGGAAGCAGUGUUUCGUUGCGAGCGGUCUCACGCUUUGGAUCUGCGCUCUCCGUGCUUGCGAGCGUCCCUGGUCAGGGUACGCUCUCGAUCCUCAACUCCGUGUCGAUGGGCAGCAGCUUGUCGUUGCGCAGCUGCGGUCGCGGUCACUACGUGAGCAAGCGAAUCAGCGUGCUCGACUACUGCCAGAUGGGCAGCACAUUGUCGCUCCGUCAGCACUGCGUCGUCGGGUCGCAUGUGUCCGUCUUGGAUCUCUUCGAGAGCGGCUCGGCGCUUUCGGUGCGCAAGUUCGUGCGCCUCGGCUCCUGCGUUUCCACGCUCUCGAGCGUGCGCCUAGGAGCGCAGUUCUCGGUCUUGCAGGGCUGCCUCAUCGGCAGUUCCUUGUCCGUGCGCGCGACGAGCCGCGUGGGCCAGCGCUUCAGCAUCCUGGAAUGCCUGGCGUUGGGCAGCAGCUUGUCCGCCCGCGCCUCGUUACGCAUGAACACCGUCUGUUCGUGCCACGGCGCCGUGAAAAACACCCUGGGAAGCGUCUUGCAGGUUUCCGUGAUCGACCGAACGCUUUUGGGCUCCUCACUCUCCAUCCGGUCCACAGCACGUACAGGAAGUCGCCUUUCGGUGCUCGACUUCUUGCAGGUCGGUUCCUCCCUCAGCUUGCGCGCGCUCGCACGCCUCAGCAGCGGCGUUUCGGCCAUUGGCGGUCUGCCUUCGGGCGUGCAGGGCACGUUCAGCGUGCUCAACCAGGUGACCUUGGGAAGCGCACUCUCGCUUCGCAGCGUCCUGCGCCUGGGCUCCCACUGCUCGACGUUGAGCUACGUAGAAAUCGGGAGCGCCAUGUCCUUGCGCAGCAUGUCACGAUGUGGCAGCAGCUUUUCGCUUAACGGGAAGUUUCCCAUUGGCGAUUCGCUCAGUCUAGUAGACCGUACGGCGCUGGGUUCGAGUCUAAGCAUCCGUUCCGCAUUGCGUCUCGGAGCGCGCGCUUCGGUCUUCGCGUUCCUCGAUUUGGGCAGCAGCGUGUCCCUACGCGCGAUGAGUCGGCUCCGCUCCUCCUUCUCGGUCAGCGGAAGCGCCGUUUUGCAGGCCGGUUUGUCCCUGCUGGAUCACAUUAGCGUUGGCAGCUCUCUCUCGGUGCGCUGCAGCGGUCGAUUGGGCGCGCGCGCGUCCGUGCUCGACCUGUGCACGUUGGGCAGCACCCUGUCCGUGCGCCAGUUCACGCGUGUGGGCUCCGCACUUUCGGUACGCGGUCUAGCUGCAGUCGGUUCUUGCCAGCGGCUCUCCGUGAUCAAGCAAACCGAACUGGGCAGCUCCUUGUCGGUGCGUUCGCUUGUGCGCCAUGGAUCGCGCUGCAGCCUGGUCGACUUCCUCUGCUUGGGAUCCUCGAUCUCGACGCGAUCCCUCGUUCGGUCCGGAAGCUCCGUUUCGGUGCUAGCAGGUGCCCGCAUGGGCAUGAAGAUGUCGGUUCUGCAGUUCGCGCAUCUCGGCUCCUCACUAUCAGCUCGCGCAGCGACGAACCUCGGACAUGCGACUUCUGUUUUGCACUUCUUGCAUUUGGGAAGCUCGGUGUCGCUCCGCGCCGCCGUUCGGUUCGGCUCCUCGUGCUCCGUGCUGGGAUCGCUCCACGCGGGUGGGGCUUGCAGCGUCGUACAGCAGGUAAACGUGGGCUCUUCGCUCUCGGUGCGUGCCGUCUCUCGCAUCAGCGGCAGCCGCGGCGCUUCGGUCCUGCACUUCUCCGAACUCGGCUCCUCGUGUUCGAUCCGCUCGUUCGUGCGCCUGGCCUCCGGUUGCUCCGUGAUCGGCACAACGGCAUUCGGCAGCUGCCUCCGACUCUCGGUUCUGAACCAGCUGGACUUGGCCAGCUCCCUGUCCGUGCGAUCACACGUGCGAAUCGGCAGCCGCGCCUCCGUAUUGCACUUCCUGCAUCUCGGCUCCACGCUCAGCGUGCGCGAUAUAGUCCGCGUUGGCUCCGGCAUGAGCGUUCUCGGACACAGCCGUUUGGGCGCGGGCGUUUCGGUGGUGGACUGCGCGCACUGCGGCAGCACACUCAGCGUCCGCAGCUUCAUGCGCUUCGGCUCGCAGUGUUCCGCACUCACCUUCGUGUGGCUCGGAAGCUCGCUUUCACUGCGCAGCUUCGCUCGCAGUGGCAGCUCCCUCAGUGUCCUAGCAGAAGCUCGUCUUGCAACUGCUCUCUCGACGUGCCAGUGCGUGCACUUGGGCAGCUCGCUUUCGGUGCGCGGCAGUGCCAAGGUGGGCAAGGCCUUGUCCGUGCUCGACUUCCUCAACUUGGGCUCCUCGAUGUCGGUCCGCGCCUUCGCGCGUCUCGGCAGCAGCGUAAGCGCGAUUGGCGUGAUGGAAUUUGGAUCACUCUACCGGAUGAACGUGCAUGACCACACGCAUCUUGGGUCCUCGCUCUCCGUCCGCAGCACGCAUCGAUGCGGCAGUCGCUGCAGCGUGAUGGAGUUCCUGCACUGCGGCAGCUCCGUUAGCUUGCGCGCGGUCUCGCGCAUGGGAUCCGGCCUCUUCGUGUGUGGCGGCCCCUUGCGUUUGAGCGUCGAUCUCUCCGUUCUGGAUUCAGUCACGUUCGCCUCCUCCUUGAGCGUGCGUGGCUACGGACCCCGGCCGGGCGGUUCCAAGGGCGCCUCCGUGUGCCAGUUUGCAGCGCUUGGAAGUUCGCUUUCGAUCCGUUGUGCUGCGCGCGUAAGUUCGCGUGCCUCGGUGCUCCAGUGCCUGGCGUUGGGAUCGUGCCUGAGCUUGCGCCAGAUGACACGUGCUGGCAGCAACCUAUCCGUGCUCCUCGGCGCACGGUUGCAGGCCCAAUGCAGUAUGUGCCACCACGCGCAUCUCGGCAGUUCCUUGUCGGUUCGCAACAAUUUCCGCCUAGGCAGUCGCGCAUCCGUCUUGAACUAUCUGAACCUGGGCAGCAGCAUCUCGAUUCGCAGCUUUAUUCGGUACGGCUCGUGCCUCUCGCUCACCGCGGACGACGAGAUCAACCGCGUCUCGGUAUCGGACCUGAUCGCCUUCCAGGGCCAAGCCUCGGCUCGCGCGUCCACCAAACUCGGCUCCAGACUGUCUGUGUUUGACGCCUUCGUUUUGGGCAGCAGCGUCUCGCUGCGUGCGGCUCUGCGCCUGGGAAGCACCGUGAGCACCCGCGGUCUUGUCUACGUGCCAAAGGUGGACAACUCAGCCUCCGUGAUCAACUUCGUGCACAUCGGCAGCUCCCUCUCGGUGCGCGGCCGCUCCAAGGUAUCGGAGUGUGUGUCCGUAUUGCACUUCUUGCAGCUGGGUUCCGCGCUCUCCUUGCGGUCCUUCUGCCAGGUGGGCUCCGGUCUCUCCGUUCUCGGCGCUGCGAAAUGCAGCAUGACCGCGAGCGUGCUGGACUCCGUCCACAUCGCGUCCUCAUUGUCGCUACGCGGAUGCGCGCUAACGUCGGCAGCGCCCACGCGCGGUUGCUCCGCGAUCUGCUACGUGCACAUGGGCAGUUCGCUGUCGGUGCGCAGUGCCGUUAGAAUCGGAACGCGACUCUCGGUGCUGGACUUCCUCUCCAUGGGGUCCAGCCUCAGUUUGCGCGAUUGCGUGAGAUUCGGAAGCGGCCUCUCGCUCUUCAAGGGCGUUGACUCGGUUACCCCGAACUGGAACGACAAGUCCAUGAAACUGGGUGGCGACUUGUCCGUGUUGAACGCCGCUUCUUUGGGCUCCGCGCUGAGCAUCCGCGCCCAGCUCCACGUCGGCGCGUCGCGCGGAAGCACCAGUGCGUUCGAAUGGGUCACACUCGGAUCUUCAUUGAGCGUCCGCAACGUGUGUCGACUGCGCGCAAGAGUCAGCGUGUUGGACUUCGUGAACAUCGGAAGCUCGCUUUCUCUUCGCAGCGGGUCCAUAUUCGGCCAGCACAUUUCUGUCCUCGAGUAUGCGCAGUUGGGAUCCUCGCUCAGUGUGCGCGGCGCCGCGCGCGUUGGACGUGGUGGUCGAGGCAGCUGCUCGCUGCUCACGUUCCUGCAGGUGGGAAGCUCGCUCAGCGUUCGCGGCAUCACUCGAUGCGGCAGCCGGGUUAGCGUGCUCGACUACAUGACGCUGGGUAGCACGUUCUCGGUGCGCACGCACACGCGGCUUGGCAGCGCAGCCUCCGUCUGUGGCAGCGUCGUUGCGCGCACCGCGGGACAGGCCAUCUCGGUCUUCAAUUUUGUAAAUGUCGGCAGUUCGCUCUCGAUUCGCGCCAGCAGUCGGCUGCCAAAGCGCUGCUCCGUCACUGACCUGCUGAACCUUGGCAGCACGCUGAGUAUCCGCAGCUUCUCAAGGCUUGCGUCUACAGUUUCAGUCCACGGCUUGACCGCGGUCUACUCCUGCAGGCAGCUAAGCGUAAUCAAUACCGCACAUCUAGGAAGCUCGCUAUCCGUGCGAGGGCACGUGCAGACGGGCAAACGGUGUUCGGUGCUCAGCUACUUCCAGCUCGGCAGCAGCCUCUCUCUCCGCUCGGUCCGCCCAUUGCCGUGCGGUAGUGUACUCUCGGUCGCGGACUGCGCAAUCUUGGGCAGCUCCAUGUCUGUUCGGCACUUCGCGCGAUGCGGCUCCCGACUCAGCCUCGUUGACGCAUUUACGCUCGGCAGCUCGCUGAGUGUGCGCUCGGCAUCGCGUACGGCUGGUCGCCGCGUGUCCGUCCUCGACUGCUGCUUCAUGGGCAGUUCCAUAUCGCUCCGCAGCUUCGGUCGUUUGGUCAGCGCGCUCUCGGUGCGUGGUCUGUGCUGGGGUGCGGGCGCGGUGUCCGUGCACCAGGGCCUCCUUGGCGGAACAAGCCUUUCCGCGAAGCAGUUGGUAAAACUGGGAUCUACGCUGUCCUUGCUGAAGUGCUGCGUGAUGGGUUCCGACUUGUCGCUACGCGCCUUCACACGGCUCGGAAGCAGCCUCUCGGUGAUCACAGGUGCGGUCUUAGGUAGCGUCCAGCACGUCUCGGUGAUCAACACGGUGCACUUGGGCAGCAGCUUGUCGGUACGCGGUUGCGCGCGGGUAUUCGGGCGCAAAGGUUGCAGCGUCACGGACUUCUUGCAGCUGGGUUCCUCGCUCUCCCUGCUCGGAGGAAACUGCCGCUUCCCGAGUACGCUGUCCUUGUUUGACUUGAUGCAGCUCGGCUCCUCGGUCUCCCUGAGGAGCCACUGCCGUAUGGGCAGUGGUAUCUCGCUCUACGGCGCCUCCAACACGGCACGUUUGGCCGCCGACCUCUCGAUCAUCGACAGCGUCGCAUUAGGAAGCUCCCUUUCCUGUCGCGGAUUCGCACCCAGAAUACAGUCUCGCGUGUCGGUUCACAACAUGCUAGCGCUGGGCAGUACGCUCUCCUGCCGCUCCUACACGCGACUGGGCAGUGCGCUUUCCGUUCGCGGACUCGUUCGCGGCAGCAGCAACAACGAGAAGUAUUUGGGCGUCGUCGGCUGCACCAGCGUCCUUGCCUUUGCACACCUGGGCGAGAGCCUCAGCAUCCGCGCCUUGGGCCAUCGCGGCCAGGGUGGCGGAGCACAGGGGCUCACGGUCUUCGACUGCUGCAGACUUGGCAGUUCCCUGUCCGUGCGCAGUCAUAUCCGCAUCGGCGGUGCUCGUGCGAGCGUGCUCAGCUUCUUCGACCUGGGCUCCUCGGUUUCCGUGCGCAACUUUGUGCGGCUGGGCAGUUCUCUUUCAACAUUGACGGAGUCCCAGCUGGUUCCGCGAUACCAAAAAUCGCGUAAGUUCGGAGUGGGCGACAGCCUCUCGGUGGUCGAUUCCGUCACCCUGGGAUCUGCGUUCUCGCUGCGCGCGUACAGCCGACUGGGGAGUGCCCUUAGCGUGCUCGAGUUCGCGACGCUCGCGAGUGCAGUGAGUCUACGCAGCUUCGCGCGCCUGAGCAGCACUUUGAGUCUGCACACCGGUCUCGUCUCCUUCGGCUCGGCCUGCAAGGGUCACCAGGCGGGCUCCAGCUGCUUGUCGGUCCUCGACUUCGUGUCACUCUCUAGUUCCCUCUCCGUGCGCGGUGGGGUUCGCGCGGGCAAGCGAGUCUCCGUUCUAGACUUCUUGCCAUUGGGCAGCUCCCUCUCAGUACGCAGGUUUGGUGCCUGUGGAUCACGCGCGAGCGUGCUUUCCUUCCUCCAAUGCGGCUCCUCACUCUCGCUCAGAGCGGCUUGCAAGACGGGUACAACUUACCUUAAGUCUUAUAGUACAAGUAAUUAUAGUUAUGUAUACAACUGCAAUUGGAAUUGCUUUUGCUAUCUACUUUCCGUCUAGGAGCUAGCAAUAGCAUACAUCAACUCCUUCUAGUACAAAUCCAAUGUAAAGAUUAGUGUUAGUUACAACGAGCCACGAUGUGCAGGGCCCAUAACCUAACCUAACCUAGCCUUAUUGUGAUGCCCCACCAUGAGCAUGACCACAACAGGUUCUUCCGUUUCCGUGGCUGGCGUUGGACGUUUGUACGGCGCCAAGCUGUCUGUGGUGAACUUGAUCCACCUAGGAAGCUCGCAAAGCCUUCGUGCGUUCGCACGUUUAGGAAGCUGCGUAUCGAUGCAAGGAGGAUUGAUUGCGAACGGCCUUUCUGUGCUGCCUGCGCACUGUCGCGGACUCGGCAGUUGCCUGUCGGUGCGCUCUUUUGUGCGGGUUGGCUCCGCUCUGUCCGCCUACGGGCGCAGCAGUAUGGGAUCCACGUUGUCGGUUCUGCAAUUCACCUGCAUGGGAAGCUCGUUGAGUGUCCGCGGAAAUUGCGGUCGCAUGGGUGGGAAGAAUUUCUCGGUGCUGGACCUGCUCGCGUUGGGCAGCUCCGUGAGUGUUCGCGCUUUCUCUCGACUGCACUCGACGCUGUCCGUCCACGGCCGAUUGGACUUGCCUUCCGCCUACAUCUUGUCCGUGGUCAAUUGCGCGUCCCUGGGCAGCUCCCUGUCCGUCCGCAACUUCUCAAAGACCGGAUUGCAAAUCUCCGCUCUCAACUUCGUGUCCUGCGGCAGCUCACUCAGUGUGCGCGGCGCUGUUGCGUCGCUCGCAGGACGUCGUAGCGUGUCGGUCCUAGACUUCCUACACCUUGGAGACACUCUGUCCGUCCGCAGCUUCACGCAUAAGGGCGGUCCGCCACGCGUCUCGAUAUUCUCCCACUUCGAACUCGGCUCCUCACUCAGUGUACGAUCCAGAACACGCCUCGGCAAGGGUCAAUGCUCGGUACACCUAUAAAAACUAACUUUCUUGACGACAACAAACUUUUCAGGAUGAAGAACUCAAACGCAAUCUAACUACAAGUCAAAAAUGCUUAAUUAGAUUUAGAACACAUAUUCAACACGUCGAUCUUCAAUACUUUAACACAAGCGAAAGAACUGCAUUAGCACCUGUACCUGUUCCUCGUCGGGCUUUUCCUUGUUCACGACCAUCUUCACCACUCAACAACAACCUCCACUUUUCCACCAACAACACUAUCACCACUCUGUUACCCACCACUUCCACAACCACGAUAGGUGUUUGAUUUCUUUGCUGUCGGGAGUAGUUUGAGCGUCCGAUCCAGUACUCGUUUCGGUGACCGUCUCAGUUUGCUGGAUUGCUUGUCAUUGGGAAGCUCUUUGAGUGUACGAAGCACUACGCGCAUCGGAUCUAGAGCAUCCGUGCUCAAUAUGCUGCACGUGGGCAGCGGAAUGAGUCUCCGGUCAUUCACAAGACUUGGAAGCUCUUUGUCGUGCAUGGGCAACAUUGCAGUGUCAAAACAAACCUCCAUAUUGGACAUGGUCCGUUGUGGAUCCAGCCUGUCCAUGCGCUGCGCAGCCAGAAUCGGUAACUACAACUAAGUACCUACUCCGACAUCGAGCACUACAAUUAUAUGUAAUGACAUUUACAACAAGAGCUGUUUACAGUGAGUUGUAGAAGUUUAUUUAGUAAAAUAAACAUCAAUCAUUAUCAUUUAUUAGCCAAAUUUCUACAUCAACUAAACUAAAUCUAAAGCACAUCAAAACAUCAUCUAUCCAAAAUAACGUCGAUUCCUACAAUGAAUGACCCAGGUUCUCGUGCAUCGGUCUUGA